AUGGCCCCAGAGACCUCUUCUGCACCAGGAGCUUCAUCAUUGACAUCCCAGGCCUCUGACGAGAAACCAUCCGCCCCUCCCGUCAAUGUCCUCCCCUCGCUGAUAGCCCGGAUCUACUCAAUUGCGCACCCAGCUCUCCUUUUGGCAUUGGGCGCUACUCGUUUCGAAGCAUUAGUGGCGGACCCCACAAAAGAGCUGCUUUCAACCUUACCAUGGCUCACCAUUGUACAAAUUUUCUACGUGAUUGUUUGUCUUUCGCCCGCCGGGUCGACACCGUCAACAGAGACGAGCGCGUCCGCUCCGGCUGAUGGCAAAUCAAGUCCUCGGCCAUCUGGGUCUGGCGGUGCCGCACGUCAUGUAAAAUAUGGAAAGCGGAAGCAGAACGCCAACAGCUGGGCGAGAAUUUGGUCCCGGUUACUGCCGGCUCUCCUCUCGCUCUCUCUGACAUUCGCACUGGCCACUCCGGUUCUUGCAGUUAUUCUGGUUCUGUUCGGCGCUCCGCUCACAACGCAUAAUCUCGAGACCGUUCUGUGUGCGGCCCACAUGGCUGUUCUAUCCGCAACGGCCCUGAUCUAUGCUCAUGGGGCGGACCGCGCCGUCUGGAAUGAGGUUUGGGGAAUUGCCCGUCCCGUCGAUGCGGUCUGGGGUGGUGCGCUUGGCACAGCCUUGGGGGCGUGGUUUGGCGCUAUUCCUAUUCCUCUUGACUGGGACCGACCUUGGCAAGCAUUCCCGAUCACGAUUCUCGUUGGAGCCUACAUCGGGUAUGCCGUUGGUUCCUUGCUUGCUCGUACUCCACUGGUUUACGGCAAGAGCGUCAAAUUCACCUCUGAGGUGAGCGAGACCGAGAAGAAGACCAACUAG